AUUCAAAAAGCAUGUAAGUGUGUAAGUAGCGUGAGGUUAGUGCAGCAGAGGUGGGUUUUAACGGUGUGUGUGUGAGUGUGUGUGCUGCUAUGGUUAGUUUGAAGUUUGUAUAAUUGAGAAUAUGUCCAAUACACUGGCGCGAGCGGGUUUCUUUGAUAUUAGUCCAACGUGUAAUCCUUCUCGCACAAACGGACACGGCAAGGAAAACGAUGCCCUGGUUCCAGUUCUCAGCUUGGUUCAGUUUUCAAGAUCUCCUUUCGUGAGUUUUGGGACGGUGAAGUUGGAGUCAUCCAGAUCUCUGCCUCUGUGCAUUGAAAACCCAACCGAGGACGCAGCCAUCACUGUGACUGUGGAUAAAAUCCCUUCUUCCAGAGGCUUCUCAGUAGAUCAGACGACCUUCACAAUCCCGCCUGAAGACAGAGUGAUCAUAACUGUUACAUGGACACCAGUAGAAGAAGGAGGUGUGAGAGAGCUCCUCAGCUUUAUUGCAAAUGGCAUUGUCAAGCAUCAAGCAAUUUUGCAUGGAAAAGCAGAGGGUGCAAAAACCAAAAAGAAAAGUCUAUGGGAUACCAUCAAAUCAAAGGGAGUCCCUUCCCUAGGUGGAAAAGUGGGCUCAGUACCGAUCAAGGCAGCCAACAAGACAUUUCGUGUGUCUCGACAGCCACAGUAUAAAAGGAAUGGCGCCUCAAACCCACUAACAUCAUUAAACCAGGAAAGGACUUCCCAAAGGCGCAUUAGCAGUAAGGAGAAAAACUCCCAGUCUGUGUAUCCUGUGAUCCCCCAAGCUCUACCUAAGGCUAUCUAUGAUGACUUAGAAAGCACGUCUUCUCAAAACAAGUCUCCAGUUGUUCUGUUAGUGCCAGCUGACAGAUUUCUUGAUGCUAUGGAUAAGGAAAAUAUCUCUUCUGUACCACUGAAGAAAGUUGAUUACAAAGAAAGCAGAGUGUUGAAUAAGACACUGUCACCUAUUGGUACCCCAGAGAGGUUUUCCAACCCCUUAAUGCCCCGCUUUCAAAGUCCUCUUCCGGUCAUUUCUAAACCGAUUAAGGAUGGAAAUUCCGAGUCAAAGACACAAAUUUUGUCUGUUAAGGAUGCAUUGGCUGUCAUUAAUUCUGAUCUGUCUUGUCCAGUGAGCCCCCCAAAUGCCUGCUCUAGCUUGAAUUUAGCUGAUUCUCUGGAGUCCGAUGACUUAAGCGUGGAUGGUAAACUUGAAACAGCCAUAAAUGUUGUGGGAGACAUCUCCCCUCAGACUGACAUUACUCAACCGAGGCUAACUUUCUUUGUCAAAGCCAACACAGUACUAGGUGACGAGCCAGGGUCUGAAGACCUCGUGCACAGCCCUGCUGCUUGCUCUGCCUCGGACAACAAAUUUUACAAUGGGGUAGGUGAUGAUGAAUUGAAACAGGAAAGUCUUAAACCCAAGAAGAUACUUUUUAACUCUGCUACAGUUAUCAAAAGCAAAGCUGGGGCUUCUCCUGAGCACAGUCCAAACAUGCACAAAACAAGAACCUUCAGACGUAGACUUCUGCAGAAAGCACCUUUGGUUUCUCCCGGUCCAGAGUCAAACACAGACUUACUGGAGGGGGUGUCCCUUUUGCCUGUCAUAAACUCCGAUGCAUGCGUUAACUUGAAAUGCAGCGUAACACCACCCCAGGAAUCAGAACAAAAGCUAAUGGCUCAACGACUAGCUUUUCCAGAUCAGCCUCCAAGCACCACUUGCGCUGCUGUGCAGCCAAUCCUAACCCUUAAUGAUGAAAAUCGGAUCUUGCCAUUCCGUGUCUCCGAGGACAUGUUUCCUGUGCAUAGUCGUACAACAAAUCAGAACAGAAAGAGAAAAAGUGACGAAUAUUUAAGGGACAACGUGGAGUGUUUGGAAGUCAAACAAAGCUCUGAUGAGACACAAGAACACAAAAAAUCCUGUUAUGAAAAACAAUUCAGUUCAAAGAGUAAACAAACACAAAGAAAAAUAACUGUAGCAUCCAGCUCAAGGAAGUCCACCAAAGUGCCAACGCAAAAGCCCAAUCCAAAAUCAACACAAAAGGGAGGGCAGUCUUUGAAGUCAUUCAGCUCCUCGAAGGUGAAAACAGCGAGGGUUAUGGCCGUGGCACAAACUCGGCUGAACUUCAUAAAGCCAACGCAGACAGAUAUACCCAGGCAUCCACUGCCAUUUGCUGCAAAGAACAUGUUUUACGAUGAGCGGUGGAUUGAGAAGCAGGAACGAGGAUUCACAUGGUGGAUGAAUUAUGUGCUCACUCCUGAUGACUUCAAAGUGGCCACUGAAGUCACCAAAGUGAAUGCCUUAUCACUAACUAUGGGAAGUGAGAAGAUCAACAUACCCAAAGCUCCAACCAAAGAGGAGAUGUCAUUCAGAACCUAUACAGCCCGGCGGCACUUGAACCGUGUCCGACGUGCAGCGUGCCAGCUGUUCACGUCUGACAAAAUGGUGAAAGCUAUAAAGCGCCUGGAGGUGGAGGUGGAGGCAAAGAGGCUACUUAUUCGUAAGGACAGACACCUCUGGAAAGAUAUAGGUGAAAGACAGAAAGUUCUAAACUGGCUCCUGUCUUACAAUCCGCUCUGGCUACGAAUAGGCCUGGAGACAAUCUUUGGAGAACUGAUUUCCUUGGAGAGCAACAGCGACAUCAUGGGCCUGGCCAUGUUCAUACUCGGGCGGCUGCUCUGGAAUCCAGACAUUGCGGCAGAGUUCAGACACUCCAAAGUUCCCCACCUGUACAGAGAUGGGCAUGAGGAGACGCUGUCCCGCUUUACUUUGAAGAAACUGCUCUUACUCGUCUGCUUUCUGGACAAGGCCAAAGAAUCUAGGCUAAUUGAGCACGACCCCUGUUUGUUUUGCAUGGAUGCUGAAUUUAAGACAAGUAAAGAUCUACUGCUAGCAUUUUCACGAGACUUCCUCAGCGGGGAGGGAAUCCUCCCACGCCACCUUGGCCUUUUAGGUCUUGCUGUGUCCCACGUCCAAACCCCCCUGGAUGAGUUCAACUUUGCUGUGCAGAAUCUUGCCACUGAUCUAAGAUGUGGCAUUCGCCUGGUGCGCAUCAUGGAGGUCUUCACCCAAGACUGGUCCCUGUCGAGGAAGCUGCGGAUGCCUGCCAUUAGUCGCCUUCAGAAGGUGCACAAUGUUGACGUCGCACUGCAGGUGCUCAGAGAGAAAGGGGUUGACUUGAGAGAUGACCAUGGAAACGUCAUUGACCCCAGAGACAUAGUAGAUGGGCACAGAGAGAAGACACUUAACCUCCUAUGGAGAAUAAUCUUUUCCUUUCAGGUUGAGAUUCUGCUUGAUGUGGAGCAACUCAAAGAAGAAAUCAGCUUUCUCAAGAGAACCUGGAGAACAAAACAGAAAUUGCGUUCUUUAAGGGAUGAUAAAUAUGUUUUAAAGAGUGUAAAAGAAAAAACCACACUUGAACAGCCCAGUGAGAAACUGACUUUGUUGUUGGAUUGGGUCAAUGCUGUUUGCUGCUUCUACAGAUUGAAGGCUGAAAACUUUACAGUGUCAUUCUCUGAUGGUAGAAUCCUCUGCUAUCUUAUUCAUCACUACCAUCCAAGCCACCUGCGAGCUGAGGACGUUCAGCAGGAAACAACACAAACUAUCGAGUGUGACCUUCAUUCCAAACUGGAACUGAAUAACUCCUCAAGUGACUCUGACUAUUCCUUUGACUCCUUGGAGCAGAAAGGUUCAGUGUCACCAACAGUGGAUUUCAAAAUGCUUCUUGAGAAUGAGCGAAGAAAUUUUCAGCUCGUGAGCUUAGCCGUGUCUUACCUUGGAGGUGUUCCUGCCAUGAUCACUCCAGAGGACAUGUCUAACACAAUCCCAAAUGAAAAGGUGGUUACAUGUUACCUGUCCUUCCUCUGCACCCGACUUUUGGAUCUCCGGAAUGAGACUAGAGCUGCCAGAGUUAUCCAGAGUGCAUGGAGGAGGUAUAAACUGCAGAAAGACAUACGGAUUAAUCGGCUCAGGAACCAGGCUGCAAAAAAAAUCCAGGCCCUCGUGCGUUGCUUCAUUCAGAAGAAAAGGCUGAACAGACAGAACAUGGCUGCCACCGUCAUUCAGGCCAUCUGGAGAGGUCACUUGGCCCGAGAAGAGUUAAGAAGAAUAAAGGAAGCAAAACGCUUUGCUAUGCAAGAAAGAGCUGCAGUCUUAAUCCAGAAGACGUACAGGGAAUGGAGGACACAAAUUUUCCUGAAGAAGAAUCAUGCUGCAGUCGUCAUCCAGACAGCUUUCCGAAUAUGGCACGCAAGAAAAAUGACUCUGAGGAAUUCUGCUGCUGUUAAGAUCCAGGCAUGGUACAGAAUGCAGCAAUGUCGAAAACAAUAUCUGACUAAGAAAUCCAAGGCUGUCUUUAUUCAAGCGUGGUUCAGGGGUAACCAUCAGAGGCGAAAGUUUCAAACCCUGAAGAAGCACCAUCAAUCUGCUGUUGUCAUCCAGAGCGUUUUCAGGGCCUUCCUUGUCCGAAAACACAUAAGUGAGAUGAGGCAAGCUGCAAUUUUUAUCCAGAUGUGGUAUAAGGCCUGCUUGUUAAGGAAGAGAGAGCAGAAGCAUUUUGCAGAGAUUAAAUCUGCGGCUGUAAGGCUUCAAGCAGCAUUCAGAGGAUGGAAGGCCAGAAGAGAAAUAUCAAAGAGACACCAAGCUGCUCUUUUGAUCCAAACUGCUUACAGAAGAUUUGUGGCUCAAAGGUCUUUCUUGUCUUUGAAAAAAUCUGUGGUUAUAGUCCAAAGGAAGUACAGGGCGAAAAGAGAUGGAGAGCAGUUAAGAAGUAAGUACCUGUCUCUGAAGUGUGCAGCAAUAAAAAUUCAGGCAUCAUGGAGAGGCACAGCAGAGAGAAAGAGAAUCAACCAGCUCCAUCAGUAUGCCACAGUGAUCCAGUCACAUUUUCGUAGACAUGUGGUGCAGACAAAGUUUAUGGCAUUAAAGCAGGCUGCUUUAGUCAUUCAAAAACAAUACAAGUAUUUUAAGAUGACGAAGGAAAAGCGAUCUGAAUUUCUUGCAGUGAAAAAAGCCGUAAUAGUUCUUCAGAGUGCAUAUCGUGGCAUGAGAGUAAGGCAAGACAUGGCCAAAAAAAGCAAAGCCGCUACUCUAAUUCAGUCCGCUGUGAGAGCUUUCAUUGGUCGGAAGAACUUUCUUGCUCAAAGAGGUGCUGCCAUUGUCCUUCAGCAGCAUUACCGUGCAUAUGUACUUGGACAACUGGAGAGGCAACAUUACAUUCAACUAAAAAAAUCGACUAUAACUCUCCAGGCCAUAUGUCGAGGUUGCAAAGUGAGAAGAGAACUGAAAAAAAGGCAUCACGCUGCUACAGUUAUCCAAGCUCAUUUCAGAAUGUAUAAGGCACAAGUCUGCUACAUUGCUGUCAAAUGCGCUGCUACCAUCAUACAGCAGCGUUACAGAGCGUAUGUCUUGGGCAGGAAGACUUGUGCUUCUUAUUUGCGAAUAAAAACUGCAACUGUGACUAUACAGUCAACAUUCAGAGGAAUGAAAGUUCGCAGAAAUCUUAAGAACAUGCACCAAGCGGCAACAGUAAUUCAGGCAUGCGUUCGUGGACACCUGCAGUUGGUGGAGUAUAGGAGACAAAAAUGGGCAGCAUCCAUCAUCCAGAGGCAGUUUCGUGCCAACAAGCAAAGGGACAUUGUUGAAAAGCAGUAUAUUGCGAUGAAAGAAGCAGCGCUGUGUAUUCAGUCAGCAUAUCGUGGCAUGAAGUUGAGAAAAUGGAUCUCAGAGAUGCAAGUGGCUGCAAAGGUUAUUCAGAGGAAAUAUAGAACGCACAAGCAACACAAAGAAUAUCAGGCCCUCAAACAGGCAGCAGUCUUCGUGCAGAGGAGAUACCGAGCCAAUCUUCUUGCAGACAGGCAGCGUGAGAGGUACCGUGCAAUGCAAAAAGCAGCCAUCACUUUGCAGGCUGCAUACAGAGGAAUGAGGGUGAGAAGAGAGAUCCAAAAGAGACACAGAGCAGCCACCGUGAUACAGGCAAGCUACAAAAUGUACAGAGUAAGGAUGUCCUUCCAAGCCAUGAGAAUUGCUGCUAUCCUCAUCCAGAGACAAUACUUGCUUUACAAAGAAAGGAAGCGUUUCUUGUCCAUCAGAGCAGCAGUCAAGCUUUGCCAACAAAAAUAUCGGGCCAUUUUGGCUUCAAGACAACAGCGGAAAGCUUACCUCGAGAAGUAUAAUGCUGUGCUUGCAAUUCAGGCAGGUUACAGAGGAAUGAAGGUCCGGCAGCAGAUGCAAGUAAAACAUAAAGCUGCAAUAACCAUUCAGUCCCAUGUCAGGAAGCAUAUAAACCAAAAGUACUACCAGAGGCUACUCUGGGCAUCAAGAAUUGUUCAGCGAUGCUACCGAGCCAAUAAAAUGAGAAAACAAGCCAUUGAGUCCUUCAAGAAGAAGAGGGCUGCUGUUGUUUUACAGGCAGCAUUCCGUGGUAUGAAGGCCAGACAAGCUCUGACACAAAAGCACCAGGCUUGUAUCGUCAUACAGAGUGCUUACAGGGCUCAUUGUGCUCGGACACGAUAUUUGUGUAUGAAAUAUGCUGUCAUUGCUAUUCAGCAAAGAUUCCGAUCUGUACUUGCAGCUCGAAGUCAGAGGGAGCAGUUCCUGAGAUUGCGUUGUGCUGCAGUUACCAUUCAAGCCAACUACAGAGGUCAUAGUGUCCGGAAGGAAAUGAUUCUUCGACAUCAAGCAUCUACGAUUAUUCAGGCUGCUUUCAGAAGACAUAGGGAGCAAACCAAGUAUCAGGCCAUGAGGUUGUCUACUAUUAUCAUUCAGAGACAUUACAGGUCCUUCGUUGAAACUAAAGCAGUCCGGGAGAAAUAUUUAGCACUGAAAAAGUGUGCCAUACGUCUUCAGGCAGCUUAUAGAGGACACACUGUUCGACAGAAUAUGAUAAAAAUGCACAACGCUGCCACUGUCAUUCAGGCGGCAGUAAAAAUGCACAAGCAAAGAUUGAUGUUCAGAAGGCAGCAGUGGGCCGCAAAAGUUCUGCAGGAGAGAUUCAAAGCGUGGAAGCUUGGGUAUCAACAAAGGCAGAGAUACCAGCAUUUAAAGGAUGCCACCUUGUGCUUGCAGAAGUCAUUUAGAGGCAAACAGGGAAGAGAACUGGUGAAACGGAUCAAAGCUGUGAGGACAAUCCAGUCCUACGUAAGGAUGUCUAUCCAAAGGAGACGCUUUAUGAAGAUAAAAACUGCAGCCGUUACUAUUCAGUGUGCUUACAGGGAACAUUAUCGCAGAGUGCAACAAUCCAGGAUGCAAAAGGCUGCACUCUUAAUACAGCAGUGGUACAGGUCAUGUAGACUGGUCCAGGAAGAGCAAAAGAAGUUCAGAAGAAUUCAGAAAGCCACACUGACAUUGCAGAAUGCAUUACGUCAAAUGCUCACAAGGCGACUUGAAAAAAGCAGACUAGCAGCCAUCAAGAUUCAGUCUGUACUGCGCAUGCAUCUACACCGCAGUCGCUAUGUGAAGUUGCGCUCAUGUGCUGUAAAGCUACAAGCUAAUUAUAGAAUGCGUACAGCCAGGAGAAGUUAUCUAAGAUAUCAGGCUGCUGCUGUUACAAUACAGACAUACUACAGGGCAUACAGAGCGAAACUGGAACAGAGACACCACUAUCUUAGGACACUGGACUGUAUCAGUGCCCUUCAAGCACGAGUGCGUGGAUUUAUUGCAUACAGAAGAUUCCAAAAAAUGAGAGCAAGUGCAGUCAAGAUUCAGGCAUGUUAUCGUGGGUUGGUUGAGAGGCGCAAGUUUCAGCAACGGAAGAAGUCUGCUUGUGUUAUUCAGAAGCAUUACAGAGCCUAUCAACUCUGCCAGAGGGAGCGAGCAUGGUUCCUCAAACUUAGGAAGUCUGCACUUCUGAUACAAACAGCAUUCCGUGCCUACCGAUCAAGAAAACUUAACAUGCAGAGACAAGCUGCACUAAAAAUUCAAGCUUGGUUUAGAGGAUGCCAGGCUAGACGUGCCUACGUCUCAAAACAAACUGCCGUUGCAACCAUCCAUAGAUGUCUUCAAACAAGGUUUCAGCGGUUAAGGUUUCAGGCAAUCCAGCACAGUGUCCGUGUAAUUCAGCAAAGAUGGAGGGAAACUCUGAUUGCUAGGAAACAGCGAGCUGAAUUUCUAAGAAUCAGAAAAUCGGUUGUUAUUGUGCAAGCCCUGUGGAGAGCUGCUAGGGUGAGAAGAUCAAUUCAAAAGGCAAAUGAAGCUGCAAGACGGCAUCGUUUUGCUGCUGCUGCUUAUCAUCAUUUAUGUGCAGUGAGGAUACAGAGGGUGCUGCGAGCUCAUUGGGCACUGAAAGCAGCCAAGAGGCAGAUCUCUUCAGUCAUUUAUAUCCAGCGCUGGUUUUUGGCCAGGCUUCAGAGAAAGCGAUAUCUUGAGCAAAGACAGAAAAUCGUCAUGGUCCAGAAAGCAGUGAGGGCUUGGCUUGAUCGUCGCAAUCAAGCGGCCACUCUCAUCCAACAUGCUGCCAAAAGAUUCCUUCUGAGAUGCAGGAAAGAAAGACUGCAACAUGGAAUCAUAAAGUUCCAGGCACUCUGGAGAGGUCAUCGCUCAAGGAAGCUUCAUGACACAAGCAAAGUCAUUUCCAUCAGGCAUCGCUUGCAGAAAGUCAACAGAGAGGCCAAGGAAGAAGACAAGCUGUGUCACAAGACUACAACUGCCUUGAAUUACCUUCUUGGAUAUCAAAAUUAUGCCUAUAUUCUAACUGCCUUAAAGCAUUUGGAAACUGCAACCAGACUUUCGCCGGAGAGCUGCGAACAUCUUGUGAACAGUGGAGCAACACACACCAUCUUCACCUUGAUAAGGAGCUGCAACCGGAGCGUGCCUUCAAUGGAGAUCAUCACGUUAGCAAUUCAAGUUCUUCUCAAUCUAUCAAAAUACAACAAAACCAUAGAUGCUGUUUAUGAUGUGGAGGACUCUGUGGAAACACUCUUGGAUCUGCUUCAAAUGUACAGAGAGAAAGCUGGGGAUAAGGUUGCAGACAAAGGGGGAAGCAUCUUCACCAAAGCGUGCUUCCUUUUGGUGAUUUUGGUACAGGAUGAAGUACGGGCAUUGGGGGUGAAAAAGCUCCCCAAGGCCUCAGACCGCAUUUGCAGGAUCUAUAAGUUAAUGCUUCAAAAAUGCAAAAUGGAUGCCCAGAGAACCAAAGUCAAACAAAGGAUGAACGUCUCACUGAAUGGAAGCUUCCUUCCCCAAGCCACUCCUCAAAAGUCUAAGCCAGUACUGAGAUUUGUACCAGACUGGGUUCUUGAAAGAAAGAAGAUGAAGAAUAUUGUUGAUCCUCUUAGUGCCAUUCAAGCAUUGGUUAAAUCUCUUGCCAUUGUACCCUGAGAACACAGCAAGAUUUAUUGUACAUAGUGAAUAUAUUUGCUUUUUUUCCCCCCUUCUAAACCUGAACUUGUACAUAUUACCUAAUGUUUUAUAUUGCUUACCAGCUGUAAACUUUUUAUAUUCCAUAUGAUUAUGCUUUUUUUUUAUUAUUAUUAUUAUUGUUACUAUUUUUUUUUUGUUAAACAUUUCGCAUGCUGUUCUUUGCAAUUUUGUGGUCAAAACAAUGCUGGGUCUUUUAUAUGUAAAAAUAGGUUAUCGAGUGCUGUUUUCAAUUAAAGUGUUUUUGCUCUGCAAUUAGUGUAAGUCAAGACAAAACCUAACGACAAAGUAAUUCAAGGAAUUAAAAAUAAUUUAGAGAGUCAGAACACUGCAUGAUUGCCAUAAAUCAUCAUUGGGAGCAGGAAUAAGACACUAUAAUUAACUAAAUUUUUAACAUCCAUGAGCUGUCUUAAGGGUUAAUUCUUACAUAUUUAAUAUUUAACAUUCCAUGUGCCUUCUCUGUGGUUGUGACAGCACUGCAGCACAGGAGAAGCAUCUUAAAAUUUCUGAGUUGUGGUAACUGGUCAUCAAGGCAGUGGGCUGCAUCUAUAAAUGUGUUUUGUUUUUUGUUUUUGCACACAAUGGCAUGCGUAAAAAGUAAAGACUAGAAUGUGCCUGCAGACAUAAUUAGGUAAAUCAUUGACUCCAAAACAUUGUUGCUGUUUCAUAUCUUAUUGAGUAAGCCAACAUUAAAGUGCAGCUUUAGGUUUCUGAAUGAAUGAAUGAAUGAAUGAUUAACAAAUAAUUAAUUUUCCAAUGGCCUCUUUAUGGCAAUGUAAACAAAAAUAUUUUCACUUCAACAACAUGCUGUUUUGUCUGUGAAAUGUGAAUGUGCCUAACUGAACUCCUGUCCUGAUUUAACUUGAUUCAUUCAUUCAGAAAAAUAGAACAAAUCACUAGCUGGAGUCGUACACGAUGAUAAAUCGUAAAAGAUAAAUUAUGUUGGCUUUAUAUACUGCUUGUGAAGAAGUUACAAACAUUGUACAUAAACAUUUCUGAUUACUUUAAAACAAACUACAAUUCAGUGCUCUUUUUUAAAGCCUACUUCAUAUAUGAAAUAUGGAGAUUAUGAAUAUAUAUGAAAUAUAUAUAUUAUAUUUAGCUGUAUUUAAUUAUAUCCAGAAUAUAUCUGGAAUACAUGUCAUUUUGUGACAUUAUGUAUAUGUAUAUGUACAUACAUACAAUGCAGCUAAUGUGUUCAAAAUCCACUAUGAUACAGCAUUUUAAAAACAAACCCAGUGUUAAAGAGACUUAUCAGAAAGUAUAGCGAUUCAACAGCAUAAACAAGACAAUAAACAAAAGUUCUUUUCAGAAUAAAGACAGAAUGGCACAAAUUAAAUCAGCUGCACACUGAGUUUUGGUGCAGGCUUAUGUUUUCAGUCUGCAUUCUUGUGAUACUAGAUAUACUACUUGUCAAAAGUUUUUGAACACCUUGUGUUUUGACUUUAGAGUUAGAAAAUGCACUAACCAACAGUUAUUAGGAACAUCUGUACACCUGCUCAUUCAUGCAAUUAUCCAGUCAAACUAACAGUUAAUGUUCACCUUAAACACUGCAGUGGGGAUUGAGUGACUGACUGUGGCAUGUCUGUAUGUGCCAGAACGGCUGGAUUGAUUAUUUCAGAAUUUUCUCACAACAGUGUCUAGAGUUUACACAGUAGUAGUGUACAGUAGUAGUUUUCAGGUCUUUAUCCAGCAUAGUUAGUAAUCAUUCAUGUGCAGGCUGGAAAAAAUAAGUGAACCUCUGUGCUAACAUCUCCAAAAACUAGCUGGUGCCAGGUGCUUAAAUGAACAAGAUGAGGUUGGAAGAGUGGGUUGUACAUGCACUUUGCCCUUUAAAUAAAGACACAAAGUCUGGUUACUGACAAA